CUAUUUCCAAAAAGGUGUGUAUAACAGAAACUCGUACUCUCUCUUUCUCUCCUCUUGUUUGGCCAGCUGUUCUUCUAGCUAAUUCCAAUCUACAACUCUCUCUCUCUCACUCACAUAUAAAAUCUCCCAAAUCUAGCCUUGUGCAUUGUUUACGGAAGAUCCCUACUUGAAUUCCCCACCCACAUUCAUGUCGGUUCGCUGAUCUCGAUUUCGAUCUGCUCUGCUCUUCAUCGAUCUGCGCCUAUUGUUUGUGGCUGUGGGUUGAAUUUUGGCUGUGAUCGACGCAAUGACGGCGGAGGUUGAUGUGCAUCGCGAUGCGUGUGAAUCUGAGUUGUCCAAGGUUGAGGACGGGAAUGUGAGUGUCAAUGUCAGUGUGAUUGGGAAUGGUAAUGGGAUUUCCAAGGACGACGGCGAUGGCUCCUAUGUCUUUGUCACCGCCGCUUCUGAUGAGUCUGAUCUAACCAAUGGGCAUUACAGCAGAGUUGAGACCAAUGGCGGUGGGGGUGUUCAGUUGGAGGAGGAAGAGGUUGUGGAGAGUAGUGUUGUUGUUGAGAAUCCCCAAUCUCAAUUACAAUCGCCUUCAUUAGAGAAGGCUGCUGCUGAGGAGUCAACACUUUCCGGUGAUCCAGCGACUGCACUUCAUCUUCAGAGUGAGGAGGAUAAACAAUUAGCCGAGGAGGUCCCGGUAGGAGAUCAUGUUCAAGAGUCAGAGUUGACAUCCCAAGCUGAUACUGAGUUACAUAAGCAAAUUGUCUUUGAUCCUGAGUCAAAGGAAAAUAAUUUGGAGGGCGUGCCUGCUUGUGAUGCUAAUGAUAGCGCCUCAGCAAGUACAGCUGAACAAAAUGGAUCUUUUGAGAAUGGCCGAUCCGUGGCUGCUGUCUCUGAUGAAAAUGGAGAUGCAUUGCCUACUCAUGAUGUCCAAGAGAGCCCUUCAGAGUCCUUGGUCGCAAAUCACUUGGUUGAUACAGCUGAAAAGAAUAAUGGGUCAUGUGUAGAAAAUGGCCAAAUCUUGGCUGCCAAUGUUGAUGUCCAAGACAGCUUUUCAGAGCCCGUUGCUGAGGAGAUUAAUGGUUCAUGUGAACAAGACGGCCAAAACUUGGCUGCCAAUGGUGAUGUUAAAGAGUGUGUUUCGGACAGCCAAAUCUUGGCUGCGAAUUGUGAUGUUAAAGAGUGUGUUUCAGACGUCCAAAUCUUGGCUGCUAAUGAUGAUGUCCAAGAGAGUGUUUCAGAAUCAAUUACUGAAAAGAUUAAUGUUUCAUGUGAAGAAAAUGGCCAAAUCUUGGCUGCCAAUGUUGAUGUCCAAGAGAGUGUUUCCGAGCCCGUUGCUGAAAAGAUUAAUAGUUCCUGCGAAGAAAAUGGCCAAAUAUUGGCUGCCAAUCUUGAUAUCCAAGAGAGCGUUUCAGAACCCAUUGCUGAACAGAUUGAUGGUUUAUGUGAAGAAAAUGGCCAAGUCUUGGAUGCCAAUGUUGAUGUCCAAGAGAGUGUUUCCGAGCCCAUUGCUGAAAAGAUUAAUGAGUCAUGUGAAGAAAAUGGCCAAAUAUUGGCUGCCAAUGUUGAUAUCCAAGAGAGCAUUUUGGAGCACAUAGCUGAAAAAAUUAAUGGUUUAUGUGAAGAAAAUGGCCAAAUCUUGGCAGACAAUUUUGAAGUCCAGAAGCACUUGGAAACACAAGUUGUCAAUGGUCUUGUUUCUGAUAAAUCUGAAGAUGAGUCGCUUGUAGUUCAUGCUCAUGAAGAGAGCGUUUCAGAGCCCAUAGAUACUAAUCUCUUGACUGAUACACCUGGAGAAAAUGGAUCAUGUGAAAAUGGGGUAGUCUUGGCUGCAUCUUUUGAAGUUCAGAAGCAGUUGGAAACACCAGUUGUCAGUGGCCCUAUCUCAGAUGAUAGUGGGGAUAACUUGGAGAACAGUUCAGAGCCUAUGGUUACAGAUGACUUGGUUGAUACACCUGAAGAGAAUGGGUCAUCUGAAAAGGCUUCUGUGUGUGAGAACGUACCUGUUGAAAAUUGUGAAAGCUUUGCAACUGUUGCUGAUAGUGAUACAAUUGUGAGUGUUAAAAACGGGGAUUCUCUACCUAAGGAAGAUGAUUCAACUCGCAGUAUUGAAGAUGAAACACCAGAGACUGAUGUUGAAAAAUUAGAUGAGAAGAAUAGUGAAAAGCCGAGUUCUUGUCCUCAUGAACAUUCAAAACCAGAAGUUGAAGCUGAGAGUGCCCCCAUUACAGCUGAAACUUCUUCAAAUUCCGCAGCUAAUGAUACAAUAUCAGAACCAAAUUCAAAAUCUGAUAUUGAAGCUGAGAUUUCCUCCGAUACAGAUGAUGCUCUCUCAAGUGGCCUAGCUCAUGACACAGUAUCAGCUAGUGACGCUAUAUCAGAACCUAAUUUGAAAUCAGAAAUUGAAUCUGGUCAUGCUGCCGUUGUAGAUGAUACGCUGUCAAGUUGCCUGGCUAAUGAUACCAUAGCAGAGCCAAUUUCAAAAUCAGAAUGUGAAUCCAAGAUCUCUCGAGCUGUUGAUGAUACCCUGUCAACUUUCUCAGCUGAUGGUGCAAUACAAGAAUUCAAGACCAGCCAUGAUUCUUGUGAUUCUGAAAAACCGGUAUCUAGUGAUGCCGUGCAUGUAGCAGAUGCUGGUUUGUCAAACUUGGAGGCUGAUUGUGCUGACAACAAUGGGAAGCCGACAUUACAGAUAAAUGAUUUACUUGAGAAUGAAGUCACCGUGCCGGCAAGCUCAGGUGCUGAUGAGCCGUCCAUCAUCAUUGAUGACAGAUCAGAGUCUGAAGUGCCCAACUUGGACACUGAAUGUGCUGACAACAAUGGGAAGCCGGCAUUACAGAUUAAUGAUUCAAUUGAGAAUGAAGUCACCAUGCUGGCAAGCUCAGGUGUUGAUGAGUCGUCCAUCAUCACUGAUGACAGAUCAGAGUCUGAAACGCCCACUGUUGAUUCUUUGGAAGGACAGGAUAACGUUGUUGAGGUUGAAAAAAGGCCUUUCUACUUCUUAAUUAGGAUUCCUAGAAAUGAUGACGAAAACUUAAAAGAACAGAUCAAGCAUGCUCAGUUACAAGUUGAAGAAAAAACUAAAGGCCGGGAUGCUAUUCGUUCCAAAAUGCAAAUGCAACGGGCCACUUGUAAGGAGCACAAACUAAAAUUUGAAGCUGCCAUAUCUGAAGAGAGAGCUGUUCAAGAGCAGCUCAAGUCCAAACGACGGGAAAUGGAUUCUGUUCAAUUUAUGAUUAACAAAGUAAAGGAUGCUCUGUCUGUUGAGGAAAUAGCUAACACAAUACGCCAUAUGGAACAUACCAUGGCUCAUGAGACCCUACCUUUGAAGGAAGAAAAGCAGUAUAUUCGUGACAUCAAGCAGCUGAAGCAACGCCGUGAUCAGCUCUCUUAUAGCUUAAGUAAGCAGGAUGAAGUUCAACAAUCUUUAGACCAGAAAGACCAUAUUGAACAACGCAUAAAGGAUCUGAAGAAGGAAAUGGAUCAACUCAAAGAGAAUCUUCUCAAAGCGCAGGAAGUCACUCAAGCUGCUAAAAAGAAAUAUAAUGUAGAGAAUGAUAUGCUGCAUGAACUACAAUAUCAGUUUGAAGCUGCAGAUGCAACUCGCCAAGAAGCAUAUGUACAUCUACAGAGUUUGAGGAAACAAAAUUAUGAAAAGACCAAACACUUCUGGAGGUACAGGAAUGAUGCAAAGGCAGCUAAUGACUUAGCAUUGAGUGGAGAUAAGGAGCAACUGCAGCAUUUAUGUAUCAAUCAGGUGGAAACAUUUAUGGAACUCUGGAAUACAAAUGAAGAUUUCCGGAAAGAAUAUACCAAAUGCAACACCAGGAGUACACUAAGGAGAUUAAGAACCUUGGAUGGCCGCUCACUUGGUCCUGAUGAGGAACCACCUGUAAUACCUGAUAUAGUAAGAGUAACCAGGCAUAAUAUGGCAGCAGCAGUGGUUUCAACUCCUGAACCUGCAAAACGAGUUGCAAUUGUAGAAUCUGGAGAACCAAAUGAUAUAUCUGCAGUGGAGAUUGUGGAGCAAAACAAUGACACAGCUAAGAACAAGAAGCCUGUGAAAGUUGCUUCUUCUGGAAUUAGCCAAGCAACAGUUUCUGGAAGAAAUGAGAUUGAAAAGGAAAUAGUAGAAGACCCAAAACCAACAAAGGAGGAAGAAGAGUUGGCCAGAAAGGAAGAGGAAUUGAGAAAGGAAGAAGCAGCUGCAAGGUUGAGAGAGCAACGUAGGCUGGAGGAAAAGGCCAAAGCUAAGGAGGCAAUGGAGAGGAAGAAAAGAAUAGCGGAGAAGGCCCAAGCCAGGGCUGCCAUAAAAGCACAGAAAGAAGCUGAAGAGAAAGAGAAGGAAAGGGAGAAGCGGGUAAGGAAGAAGGAAAGAAAGAAGGCAAGUGCAACAAAGGCUACAAAUGGUAUUAAUGAAGGAGAAUCUGCUCCAGAACCAACCUCUGAGACUACAACCGUAACUCCAGUCGAGCCUGAAGCUACAGAGAAACUGGUGACAAUAACAAAGAGGUCCCAGAAAGCGCCACAGUUCACAAAGCAAACCAAGGUAAAAUCCAUCCCUCUGCCUCUACGCAACCGCAGUAAGAGAAGGAUGCAGCCUUGGAUGUGGGUGCUUGUUACAGUUGUGGCCAUCCUUGGCUUGUUUUUGUUGGGCAAUGGCGGCAGCUUCUCUUUUAAAUCUAUGCUUGAAAGGUUUUUCUGAAUACUACACCUAUGCACUUAUUUAAAUAGGUAAUUCAGCAGAGGUUGUUUGGGACAUUCCCUUAAUAUAUCUAUUUAUAUAUCUAGGAAAUCGCUAAAUCAUAUAUAUAUAUAUAUAGGCAAUUCUUUUUUUCUUUUUCUUUUUUUCCUGGUGAGCAGCUUGGGAUUUGGUUUCCUCCUAUUUAAGUGGGUUUUUGGUUUCAGACA